AUGUCUGGAGUAGUCAAUGGCGUCAAAGUGUCGCCCGAUGACCCUCAACGCGUCACGACGGUCACUGCGUGUGCCGGUAAAUCAGGCAAGGAGAUCUUGAUCCAGUACACCGGAGCCAAAGUGGCUGGAAAUGGGAGUUUUGGAGUCGUCUUCGCUGCAAAGACAUUGCCCGGCAAGGAUGAGAAUGGAAACGAUGUACCUGAACAGGAGAUUGCCAUUAAGAAGGUAUUGCAGGACAAGCGUUUCAAGAACCGAGAAUUGCAGAUCAUGCGGUCGGUCGCGCACCCAAAUGUCGUGGACCUGAAGGCAUACUUUUAUUCAAACGGUGACAAGAAAGAAGAAGUCUUCCUCAAUCUCGUUUUGGAGUUUGUUCCUGAAACCGUGUUCAAGGCGUCAAAACACUACUCUAAAAUGAAGCAACCCAUGCCGUGGCCCCAGGUCAAAUUAUACAUGUAUCAGGUCCUCCGUUCCUUAGCUUACAUCCACUCGGUCGGCAUUUGUCAUCGAGACAUCAAACCUCAGAAUCUGCUCCUCGACCCCUCCUCUGGUAUCCUCAAACUUUGCGAUUUCGGUUCAGCCAAAAUCCUCGUGGCGGGCGAACCAAACGUGUCGUACAUUUGCUCCCGGUACUACCGUGCGCCAGAGUUGAUCUUUGGAGCGACGAACUAUACGACGUACAUUGACAUUUGGUCGACGGGAUGUGUCAUGGCGGAAUUGAUGCUGUCGACGCCACUGUUCCCAGGGGAAUCGGGUAUCGAUCAACUGGUGGAGAUUAUCAAAGUUUUGGGAACUCCAACCAGAGAGCAGAUCAAGACGAUGAAUCCAAACUACAUGGAGCACAAAUUCCCUCAGAUCAAACCCCAUCCAUUCACGAAAGUGUUCCGACCUCGCACACCCGCCGAUGCCAUUAGUCUGAUCGACCAACUGCUGCAGUACACCCCAACGAGUCGUCUAACCGCUCCCGAAGCUCUCGUUCACGAAUUCUUUGACGACCUGAGGCAACCUGAUACUCAAUUGCCGAACGGCAAACCUAUGCCUCCUCUGUUCAACUUUACCCGCGAGGAACUCUCUCUACGACCAGAUCUCAUCCGCCAAUUGGUCCCGCCUCAUGCCGAAGCGUCCCUUCGAGAGCGCGGAAUCGACGUGGACAACUUCCAACCUAUCCCGCUGGACCAACUUCGCAUCAGUCUCGAUGUGAGUGGAUCAAGGGGUCCGGUGUAG